UUUUAAUUAGGCCUUUUAUGGGCUCUAAAAUUGCGACGCUAAUGACACAACAAGUAAGCCCACUAAAGCCCAAAUAAAUCAUCUAGGUUUAAUUUAGUGUUGCAUAUAUAUAUGCUUACUUCUCCGCCGUCGACGCCUUCUGUUCUCUCGACGUUCUUCAAGCCCAAAGGUAAGAGUAGGACACAGAAAAAGAGAAGAUGUCUGAGAAAAAGGGAAGGAAAGAGGAAGUGGUGACCAGAGAGUACACCAUCAACCUCCACAGACGCCUUCACAGCUGCACCUUUAAGAAGAAGGCACCAAAGGCCAUCAAGGAGAUCAGGAAGUUUGCAGAGAAAGCCAUGGGGACCAAGGACGUUAGGGUAGACGUGAAGUUGAACAAGCAGAUAUGGAGCAGAGGUAUCAGAGGUCCUCCAAGGAGGAUUAGAGUCCGUGUUGCACGCAAGAGAAACGACGAUGAAGACGCCAAGGAAGAGUUUUUCUCACUUGUCACUGUUGCUGAGAUCCCUGCUGAAGGACUCAGUGGACUUGGCACUAAGGUCAUCGAUGAGGAGGAUUGAGAAGGGACUAGUCUGUCACCUAGACAAGUUUUGUGGUUUUUUCCUUGAGUUUUCGAUCUUUUUAUUUAAAGAGUCUUCGUAUUUUCUUUGUAGUUUCACUUUGCUUUGCCUGAUGCAAUUUAUCAGAUGGACUCGUUUUCUUCGUCAAGACCUUGAUAUGAAUCUGUUUAUGUUCUUUGUC